CAUUCGGUUUGGGGCGGCUGUUGCUCGUGUGUGCUCAGAGGGUGUGUUCUAGAACAGAAGGUGUCAUGAUAAAGAAGGAAAUCGCCAGGCGGAGCAGGAGGCAUGUCCAGGCACGUCAGAGGAGCAAGGGAUGUCUCAAAGGCCGUCCUUGGAGGCUCAGCCCCGGCCGCUCGCUGGGAACUGCCUGCGGCUCCCGGACCCUUCUGGAAGGGAGGUUCGCCAGCCCCACAGCCGGCGGGCUCAGGGACCGACCUGUGCCCGGGCCAGAUCCGCUGCGGUGGCGGGGCACGCUGCGCUUCUCUCGCCGAAGGAACAGCAUGGGAGAGGACGAAGUGAGAAGAGGCACAGCCCCAGCCUGGGGAGCGAGGCAAGCUGGAAACACGACUGAGAGAACGGGCUGUGGCCGGUCGGUAAGGGCCCUGAGUGCCGUGCCGCGUCCCCGACGGCUCCAGAGAGAGCAGAUGAGAACGCGGAGCACAGAGAGGUGCUGUGGCCUGGAUGCAGGGGCACCCACGACCCAGGGCAAAGGGGACCAGCUGUCCAGAGCAGCUGCGAAAGGGAUUUCCAAGGAAACAGCUUCCAAAAGCCACUUUGCUUGCCUGGUUCAAAAACUCUGAAGCCGUGAUUGUGAGUCUGAGUUGAGCUAAAAAUAAAAGCCCCCAGAGCUUUGCUCAUGCCAAGGACCAUGGUGGACAAAUGGGUAAAUCAAAACACUCCUGAGCAAUGUAACAGAUGACUAGCUUCAAAUCAAAAUCCAGACCAUGUAAGAAGUACAUACUGCAUUUGGUUCCCUGGGAAGCCUCUCCAUGUGAUAGUCGCCUAGUGUUAACACCCUGCUCUAGUCUUCCGCAGAGAACUGAAAGUAGUGCCUUUACAUGUCCUAUUGCAUCAAGGAUUGUACAAUCCGUAUGAAAGAUCUACAAUCUCCAGCUCAGUCUUCCCACUGCUUUGCUAAGGGGAAAAUACAUGUGAGAUGAAAUUGUGUGGAUAUUAUAUUUGAAUCUCCUUGUUCCAUUCUAAAGAAGUAUGAUGGCAAAGGUUUCCAAAAGGGAAUCUGGUUACCUCCAAAGUCUUUUUAUAAAGCACAGCCACAUUGGUUUUAGUAUGAUGAAUUUCCACCCAAGAAAAAACUUUCUCAUUCAAAAGAGUAAAUGAUUUAAAAUAACACGUCAGAUUUAUUUCCUGGCCUUACAAAAACAUUCUGAACUCAAAUUUCUGGGAUCUUUUUGAAAACCAUCUCCAAAAAUAGGGUCUUUGAAGUCUCCUCGAUGGUAACAAAUUGACAUCCUUUGAAGGGAAUUUAUUUUCAGAAAGCAGAUACUGGGCAGAGCCAAGUCUCGUGGAUAAGAGAGGCAACUGGGCUAGGUAACAAACUGUUGGUUCCUUUUUUUUUUUUUUUUUUUAUUUUAUUUAUUUAUGAU